AUGACUGCUACCUCUGAGAGCCCUCUGAAUGUCUCGAGGAGCACAAACAACAGCAGCACAACUGGCCCAGCUGCAAACAGCUCAGAUGGCUCCGUGGCAGAGCCUGAAACCUCAACAGCCCAUUCCCUCCUGGGCACAACCUCGCUGUCCAACACGACGAUAAUGAGUGCAGAAGGGACGAUGAGCACCACACCCACAACAAAAAUGCAGGAAGGUGGCUCCUGGGGGGUGUCUGCCAAGAGCUCAGCAUCCCCAACAGCAGGAACUGGCACCACCACUGCCCCCAGCAUGGGCACAGAGACUGGCACUGCUUCCUCCCCACCUCUCAGCUCAGCCACAAGGAGCCACUCCUCCUCCUCCUCCUCCUCCUCCUCCUCCUCCUCUUCUCCUGGGGGCUCAUCACCUGUGCCUCCCAGCCCACAGCAGAGCAGCACCAGCAGCACCACCGGGAUGCCCUCGGCCACCACAUCCCACCCACCCACGACCCUGGCGCUCUCUCCAUCCUCCACUGCUCAGUUCUCAGCUGGGACAGAGACAAAGGGCCCAACCACCCUCAGGCCUGUGGCUUCCACCUCUCCUGCCUCUGGUACCAUCGAGGCCAGGCCUUCACCCACAGCAGGCAGCAGCACGGGGACAGCAACACCUCAGCUCAGCUCCACAGCCCAGCCCCAAGGACAGCCCUCGGUGCAGGUGACGGCCACCUCACCUCCCACGGGGAGCCCCUCGCCCUCCACAGCCACGGCCUCUGCAGGCAGCAGGGCCACGACUCCUCCUGGAGAAGGGGAAAGUUCCACCAUGAAUCAGGGGGACAGAGCAACAACUGAGACCUCCCACUCCCUCCCAGCCACAUCCCUGGUGUCCACGAUGAUGACGGUGGGUGGAGAAGGGAGGAUGGACACUGCACCCACAACAAUAAUAAUACUAGAGGCAGUUCCUUCAUUGGGAGAAUCCAACUGA